AUGCCUGCUGUGUUGAGAACCAGGUCCAAGGAAUCCUCUGUGGAGCAAAAGCCUGCUCCCAGGACAAGAACCAGAUCGAAAAGGGGCAGGCGUGGCCGUGGAGACGAUGAUGAGGGCGAAGAAGAUGAGGAGGAAAGUGACGGUGGGUACGACGAAGUCGGUGGCGACUACGAUGAAUACGCCUCGAGGUCGAAGCUGGCGGACAACAGACCCUUUGAAAUAGUAGCGGGCCUGCCCAGCAGUCUGGACGUGCCUAACUAUAACUCUUCGCUCACUCAUCCAUUAUCGGUAAAGGACUCUGGGGUUCUUUACGACUCUCUAGUCGGUUCCAGGAGAACCUGGAUACACGGCGAAAUGUUUGAUCUCUAUUGGCGAAGACCCAAAAGAAUCAUUAACGAGGCUACGUCCACGCCUACGCUGGCCCCAGCAAUGGACAGCCCAACGUCCGGUGGUAUUCCAUUGAUACGAGAUAAGAUGCAGAAAAUGUGCGAUUGUAUAAUGAAUGGUGGACCUCACAGCUUCAAGGUUAGGUUGUUCAUACUGAAGAAUGACAAAAUUGAACAAAAAUGGCAGGAGGAACAAGAUUCAAGGAAAAGAGAAAAGGAACUGAAAAGGAAGAACGAUGCAGAGGCCAAGAAAACGAGAAUGGAGGAGAGGAAAAAGCAACAAUUGCAGAAAAAACUGGCCAAAGAACAGAAGUUACAACUGCAAAAGGAAAAUAAAGCUAAACAGAAACUAGAACAGGAGGCACUGCGAUUGAAAAGAAAGGAAGAACUGAAAAAACUGAAAGAGCAAAACAAAAAUAAGCAAGGCUCACCUUCUUCCAUGCACGAUCCGAGAAUGAUAAUGAACUUGAACUUGAUGGCUCAAGAAGAUCCAAAUUUAAACACUCUAAUGGAAACCGUUGCUAAGGGUCUAGCCAAUAAUGACCAACUGGAGGAAUUUAAAAAGUUUAUCGAGAUUGCCAAAAGAAGGUCCGUGCAAGAGAACCUAACCAAUCACCGUUCUCCCACUACAGUAGUACGACCCCCAGCCCUGUCUGAAGAUAAAAACGUGUCCGAGGCAAAUCGACUGAACUCGAUAACUUUGGUGAAAAGUACUAAACCCACUACAGCCGAACUCCAGCCAAAGAACGAUGAAGAUAUGAAGAAGCAGCCAUCCAAAGAGGGAAACACAACGGCAGAUGUUCCCCAAGUAAAAGUAAAAGCAGAAGAAGAAGAAGAAGAAGAGGAUGUGAAAGAAAAGGAUCCGAAAAAGAAAGAAGAAAACCCCACCGUACCGAAAAGGAAAAGAAGAAACCACUCACAAAAGGAAGAUAAGGACAUGCAGUUAACCGCAUUUCAACAGAAGUACGUUCAUGGCGCUGAGAUCGUCUUGGAGUUUUUGGAAUUUACUCAUUCAAGGUAUUACUUACCCAAGAAAUCCAUAGUAGAAUUUCUGGAGGAUACUGGCGAGGUUCUAAUAUCUUGGAUUGUCAUCCAUAACCUUAAAGAGAUUGAGAAAUUCAAAACCAAAAAACUGAAAUUGAAAGCGAAAUCUAAAACAAAAAAACCACAGGAAGAUGAUACUAAGCAAGAGCCUGGACUCGAGAAAGAAUCUGAGAAGGAAUCCGAGAAGGAACCCGAGUUUAACCCUCUUUUCGAAGAUGAUUGUCCGAUCCCACUUUACACCCCCAUGACUGUGAAAUUAUCGGGGAUUCAUAAAAGAUUCAAUCAAAUUAUCCAAAAUAGCGUUUCACCCAUGGACCAGGUCGUCAAAGAGAUGGAAAAGAUUCUGGAAACUGGUACAAGAUUGUCUGGUUAUAAUCUAUGGUAUCAACUGGAUGGAUAUGACGAUGAAGCUCUAAGUGAAAGCCUGCGCUAUGAACUAAACGAAUGGGAACAUACUAUGAGAAGCAAGAGGCACAAAAGGUAA